AUGGAGGGCGAGGUCAGCGUGCUGCUGGUCAUUACCGUGAUCAUCGGUACGAUCCUGAUGACCUCGCUGCUGGCCUGCUACAUCUGCGUGUUCCGGCAGCUGUGCUGCUCCCGGGACAUGGACCUCGACCGGAGCUACAGUACGCGGGGCUCCAAGCGAACGCUGCGCGACAGCACCAACCUGGCGGAGAUCACCAACAUCACCAGCCAACAGACGGAAAUCGAGAAGGUUUAGCUAAGGGCGGGCGAAGAGGCCAUCACUUCGCUCUAGGAGACAAACGAAAAACCCAGUGCCAAAGCGGACGCAACUGUCGAUGCCAGGUUAGGAUCACGUGUCCAUCAGCUGUAAAUAUUGCUACUAUUCACGUUGGCCUUCCACCCGAUAUCCCGUCCGAUUUGUCGUUGUUCGGAAACCUUCUCGUGCGUGUCACCAUAUCACUCCCUACCCGAACGAUGGUGGGAGGACACCUUCAAGCCGUACAUAUAUUCUAGUCACCCUUGUUAAACCUUCCUCAAAACGACUUUUAGAACAAUGUUUUACAGAACAUCAAUGUCAAUGGCAUUAGGCAUUGUGUAAAGAAACCUUCACGAUCACGAUCAAUGUUUGUAUGGAUGUAUUGUGCAAGUGUAUUUUUGUAUAGCUGUAGUACAGCAAAGUAAAUGUUGGAAAACGGAAAAGUAAUUCGCGUUC